GGCGCCGGUAACCAGGAAGCAGGAAGCGGCGGGCGCGGAGCUGGGGCCGGGAGGAUGGCCGGCGGGGGCGGCCCGGCGUGUAAAAACCAUUGCCAUGGGCCUCAUCGACCUCAUAUGCACAACUGUCAUAGCAUCCACAGUGAGAAAGAUCUGCCGGUGCUACCAGGAUCACAUCCAGUUGUUGAGGACCCUGGCUCGUUUGAUAUUGUUAAGGCUACACAGUAUGGAAUAUUGGAGCGAUGCAAAGAACUGGUAGAAGCAGGAUAUGAUGUUCGACAACCAGACAAAGAAAACGUGACUCUUCUUCACUGGGCAGCAAUAAACAACAGACAGGAGCUGGUUAAAUACUAUAUUUCCAAAGGUGCAGUAGUGGAUCAGCUAGGUGGAGAUUUGAAUUCAACUCCCCUUCACUGGGCCAUUAGACAAGGACACCUGCCCAUGGUCAUAUUAUUGUUGAAAUGUGGAGCAGAUCCCAGUCUUAUUGAUGGGGAAGGAUUCACUAGCAUUCAUUUAGCAGUGCUGUUUCAACACAUGCCCAUUAUAGCUUACCUCAUAUCAAAGGGCCAGAACAUAGACACAACAGACUUCAAUGGACAAACACCUUUAAUGUUAUCAGCACAAAAAGUGAUGGGACAAGAACCCACGAAGUUUCUCCUGAAGUUUAACCCCUCUCUCAACGCUGUCGACAAUGUUCAGAAGAACACUGCUCUGCAUUGGGCAAUAACAUCAGGAAAUAUUAGUGCAGUAGAUCUAUUACUGGAAGCUGGUGCUAGCAUGGACAUAAAAAAUGUCAAGGGAGAGACACCGCUUGACCUUGCAGUUCAGACUCAGAAUCGCUUCAUAGUCUAUAUGUUAACGGAAGAAGAAAGAAUGAGAAGCAGAAGAAAUAGCAGGUUACUGAGAAUAAUGGAGAAACAUGAGCUGUUCCUGCUGUUGGCAUCUUCCUUGACAUCGGUGUGGGCCAUAGGAUACGUCAUGAACCUAAGUUCUGAUUCUUGGCUUUUGAAAGGAUGUCUGCUUCUCUUCCUGCUGUUUGGGAUGGCUCUGUUUGUGAGGCAGUUUGUGGGCCUCAAGAAUCUAAGGUAUCUUCCCACAUCAUUGAUGCUAAGUUCAGUCUUCUGGAUGUCUGUGACCUGGUUUUUCUGGUUUCUGCCUGAUAUAACCAAUACUGUUUUUGAAAUCACUGUCAUGUUCGGCUUGGUGGGUUUUCUUUAUUAUUUCUAUAAAACUUGGAGAACUGAUCCUGGGUAUAUUAAGUCUUCAGAAAAAGAAAAAAAAGAGAACAUUGUAGCUCUUGCGGAAGCAGGUUGCUUGGACUUCAGAACAUUUUGCACAUCGUGUCUUGUAAGGAAGCCUUUGAGAUCUGUGCAUUGUCUUGCUUGUGAUUCCUGUGUAGCCAGAUAUGAUCAGCAUUCUCUGUGGAUUGGGCAGUGCAUAGGCAUGGGGAACCAUCGUUAUUACCUAUCGUUCCUGUUGUUCCUAGCUAUGACCAGUGUCUGGCUGCUUUAUGGAAGUCUUCUGUAUUGGUCAAACCACUGCUCAACAAGUUACCAUCAAGAUGGAGCAUGGACAUACAUGACACAGAUAACAUAUUGUUCUCCAUGGGUGUCCUACAUCUUCGCACUAGCCUGUUUCCAUAUUGUAUGGACUUCAUUGUGGCUAACUAUUCAACUUUACCAGAUUGCCUUCUUGGGACUGACCUCACAUGAGAGAAUGAACCUAGUGAUGCAGAGCAAAUCUUCUAAGCAUCCUGUUUCACUCAGGAGAACUUCAUACAAUCUCGGAUGCUUCCAGAAUCUUGCAGACUUCUUUCAGUGUACGUGCUUUGGUAUGUUCAAACCCAAUGUAGUUGACUGGACCAAGCAAUACAAACUUAUUCAUCUGGUAAAGGAGAAAAAUGUUCAUUCUGUAUGAAGUUUUGCUUGACUUUUAAAACCGCUGAACUGAAAGAUAAAUAAAACUUUUCUAAUUUUUACA